CCUCGUGGCGUGCGAAGCCUUAACUUCAAUCCACCAUUGAACUGCAGCAGAAAAGGAAAAAAUUUAGUAAAACGCGGCCGCCGUCGGCUUUUAUUGUGGUGGUCGGUCGUAGGACUUCCAGUGUUUUUCUUAUACUUAUUUAUCACUUUCUGUCACUUUUUUGAAGGCCUCUCAGUAGACUUCAGCUGGAAGAACAACAAGGUCCAUGUCGAUAAGUAGUAGUGCCAGGUAGCCGAACUCGCCGACCCUCGCAGUUGAAUCGCGACACGUCUCGGUGCACGAUGCCGGCCAUAUCGUGCUGAAAAGACCCUCCGACAUAGGAACUUCGACCUGUUUGUGAAAUGAAUUUAUGAAAACUGUGUCAGUACGUACGUCGUUCAUUAAUGUUGUGUAUCGAAGGGAUUGUGAUAUCCUCGAUUCUAUGAGCUUUCUUCCGUGCGUUCAUGUGUCGGGAAGUGGUGGUCUUUUCGCUCUGAUACAGUGGAUACUUCGCAGGGAUGCUAACGGACCUCCUGGACUUUCCCGUGUUUUAUCAGAUUCAACUGCGCCUUCGUAUUGUCUUGUACGUGCAACUACAUGAAGCCUAGCGCUUCUGGUUGGCCCCCAGUAUUUUUUUGCAGGAAAGAAUAGGAGAAAGGGUGGCUAGCUGUCGCACUGGACAUGAUUGGUAAUUAGUGCUCGUCAGUAGCAGGAGCACCAUCAAUUUCAUUGUGUGCAGAAAGCCAGAAAUUCUUGCUUUGUUUCCAGCAGAUAGAGGCUGCACGAACUCAAACUGUGUGGUCCUUCGUGCCACGGUGGUCCAUUUCAGGGUGUUUUUGUUUUAGGUUCGCAGCGGGCGCAUGUGUGUCUGUGGGAACGAGGAGGGCGACGAUUUGUUGCCGACCCCAGCAAAUCAAUGAAGCAGGGUAUUUUUACAGUCGAGACUCCGACUGAGGAUGGCUCGGCUUCAAUUUUCAAUUUGUACUACAACUCCUAUGCCGUGUUGCAAGAAUCGUUAAAGUCAUGUGUCACUUUCUUGUUACAACGGGCAAAAACGUGAUAUUCCUACAUUGUCAUUGUAUUGCAAGACAAGGCUGUAUGAAGGUGUGUUUGCACUUGAUACGGGGCAAUCAACCUCCCGGAGCACAGGGCCAGCUCGAGGUAUCGCAUUGGAAAAAGAAUCCUCCUGGAUUAAGUCGCGCUGUUGUGCGUGGUCCUACCGUGCAAUCGCGCGAGAUAAAGAGAGGCUGGCAUUUUAUUACUUACACAACAAUAUUUAUGAGAUACAAAAGGUCUGCGAACAAGGAUCUGUUUGGUGCAAGACGUAUUCCCAGGCACGCAUUCUCUUCGUCCGCAUCUUUAGAUAUAGUGAACUAGGUUCGCUUCAAAAGCGCACGACAGCAGGGUGGCAGUGAUUCAGUCUAGAUGUUUUUUCCAUCCACACCGUGAUUUUCCGCCAUACAAGAGACGAGCGAAACAGCAUGUGGUUACGCCGGAAUUCGAAGGACGCAGCAGCGCGGCAGUUUUCUCGCAACGAGCGCAACGGGCGGCGACGUUUCGGUAGCAAUGACCGGUAGUGCACGCGCGGGCGGAGCGCAGAGGAAAAGGAGGGCCGGAGGGUCGACGACCUCUUUCGCGGCGUACAAUGCGGACAAGUUUAUUCCGCUGACACGCUUUCGUCAACAGCACCGGCGGACGGAAUACGGCAGGGGCAAAAAACUCUCUCACACUGUGUCUGCAUGUUGGGAACGAAAAAUAAAGGUGUGGUAGGAAUUUGUAUUUUUUAGCAUGCCAUAUGAUGAUGAUGGUUUUCGCCAGAGGAACGAAAAUUCCCCGUCCGGCUCAAUGAAUAUGUCACUGCAAUGAAUUCUUGGCACCUUCACUACCGUGGUGUAGCCAUAAGUACUUCUGCGCCUUUUCUCAAUGGGUGGAAAGAACGUCUCCAAGUACUGAAACUCAGAACGAGACUGGGAAAGCGUUUUUUCCUUUCGAUACAGAAGACGGGCGGCUGUGUGCGGCUGCUUUCAUCCAAGACCAGCAACCCUUCACGAACUGCACCGACAUUGCCGCCCCCACGCCUUUAGGCCCGGAAAAAAGGUCACGCGGUCGUGCACAAUAGUUGAAGAGUAAGCUUGCAUGUUGCACACAACCUUGAAGAUGCUGCCAGCAUAUUUUGGUUAUGCAAAAACGUACUUAAAUUAACACAGCACAAGAACAGUUCAUGUGGCAUGAGUACACAUUUCCACCCUUGGUUUCCUCUCGGUGAGAAGAGAACUUUGGUGCACCUGUCAUGUUUGUUGGUCGCAAUCGUGCUGCUAGGAAUUCAAUUGAUUCGAAUUCUCACGACUGCGUGGCUUUGGCAAGUCAUAAUCCUCCGCCGAAAACGUCGUGGGUCGCGAAUGGUGCUACGUCGAGGCUUAUCCAAGUGUAAAGUGUCCCCUUCAGUUUGGAACAAAAAAGAAGACUUCUUUUUCUUUUCAUGCAAAGUUGGAUCGGGUUGAAUACAGGAAAGCAGAUAUUAGAGCUUUCUUCGGGCACUAGAGAUGCAUCACAACUAGAGGCAAUGUCGCGCAGACGCAGCCAACGCAGAAGUCUGAAUUCCUCUGAGCGGGGCUCUUUCCAUGAUGAUGUCGCUCAGCUACUCAACAAGCCAGUGAACGGUAAGUACAUGAAUAAUGGACUUGAUAUUAUUUGAAGAUGAAGAAAGUACAUACAAAAAGCUAGAGCUGCGUCACCAAAACGGUAAUUGCGGUAGCUUACAUGAAUUGAAAAUUCAACGUAAAUUUAAGUUUUCUUUAGGAGAAUUUAGAUUAUCAUCCCAUGCAAGAACAGGUGAACCGGCACCAAAUUGGGGCUAUUGCCAACCUGUUCCGGAUUACGACGAGCUCCGGCACGACCUGGACAAUGAUAAUCUGUCCGGUGUGGACCUUCCGGAAGGCGUGGAGCUUUCGGACGCCGAAAUUGACAAAGCCGCGGAGAUAUGAACUGUGACUGCGCCUGGGUCGGGAAAAGUGCGCGAUCUUGGCGUUGCUGCUUUUUGCAUGGACAGGAAUCACCUUAGAUCACUUGUUCCCGCGAGCAUGUACGCUUAACUUUGUCAUAAAGAAAGUAGCUAACGAUGGCUACAUCUACAACGAGCCACGUUUUUGCAGGACAAGAUCUGCGGAACUCGUCCUCCGUUCCAUGCAUAGCAGAGUUCAUCUGCGUCUUUCUCUUGUUCCGAAUCAAGCAUCACAAAAUUGCAUCGUUCCGAACCCAGGAAUGUAUUUGCGUUGCAUACGAGAAAGCGGCCGAAGCUGCUGCGAUGUAAGCAAGGCGUAUUUCAAGAAAACACGAAAGUGUAAUUUUAGGAUUUCUUUCAUCGUUCUUCGGUUCCGUACUGCUCUGGUGUAUACAACAAGAAAGGCUGUCAGUGUGAACUACUCUCUUUAUUGUGAGAUGAGUCACGAUAACGAACCUAUAACUAAAUCGACGAGGAAACAGAAUGGCACAACUUUAUAGCCCGAAAACGCGUGUUGUUUCUGUAGAAUGGAUUUUUGAAAAAACCUAUGUAAUAUGCGAGCCUGGAGCCGGAAGGACAAGAGAACGGAGAAAAAAAGACACACCAACCCUCGCUACUUAAACGUGAGCUGGUGUCUUGAAACACUACUCCAUUGACGUGUACUUAGCUUCUGAAUGAAGCUCUAAUUAUUAUUAUGCUUUUUGGCACUGAAACUGUAGUAGCUAGUAGAUAUCGCUGCCAUAGAGCGUCUUUCACAACGGAGCUCAUGCAGUAAGUUUUCGGUUUCUAUUGA